AUGAGAAACCAUACAAUGGUGACGACAUUCAUUCUUCUAGGACUGACAGAUGACCCAAACUGGCAAAUUGUAAUUUUCCUUUUUCUAUUUCUAACGUAUUUAUUGAGUAUUAUGGGAAAUCUGAUCAUUAUCCUCCUCUCCCUGCUGGAUUCCCACCUCAACACACCCAUGUAUUUCUUCCUUCGGAAUUUUUCCUUUUUAGAAGUAUCCUUGACAUCUGCCUGCAUCCCCAGGUUCCUGGUCAGCAUAGUGACUAUGGAUAAAACAAUUUCCUAUGAUGCUUGUCUGACACAGUUGUUUUUUAUCAUUUUCUUGGGUGUAUCAGAGUUUUUCCUGUUGGCUGCCAUGUCCUAUGACCGCUAUGUGGCCAUCUGCAAACCCCUUCAUUAUGCGACCAUUAUGAGCAACAGAGUCUGCACCCAACUAGUUCUCACUUCUUGGUUAGCUGGGUUAUUAACAGUCUCUCCUGGACUUAUCAUGGGCCUGAGGUUGGAAUUCUGCGAUGCCAGUACUAUUGACCACUUUGCCUGUGACUAUUCCCCUCUCCUCAAACUCUCCUGCACAGACACCCAAGUCAUAGAACUGUUAAGUUUUAUUUUAGCCACUGUCACACUCCUGAUUACAUUGGCACUGGUAUUGCUCUCCUAUGCAAAUAUCAUGAGAACAAUUCUGAAGAUCCCUUCUGCCCAGCAGAAGAAGAAGGCUUUCUCUACUUGUUCCUCCCACAUGAUUGUUGUCUCUAUCUCCUAUGGCAGCUGUAUUUUUAUGUAUAUUAAACCUUCUGCAGAGGAAAGGGUAGCUUUAAACAAGGGAGUAGCAGUACUCACUACCUCAGUUGCACCUGUAUUAAAUCCUUUUAUAUAUACGCUAAGAAAUAAACAAGUGAAACAAGCCCUGAAGGAUACAGUUAAAAAACGCAUCUUUACUACUUUUAAAAAAUAG